AUGUUGUCACAAAAGAUAGAUGAAGUAAAGGUAUCGCAAGUGGAGAAAGUUCCCGAGAAGGAAACCUCGAUUAUAUCACAGAUCAAAUCAGGGACAGCUCGUAUGUCCAGGAAGUUGGAUUCUUUGGGCGUGGAAACCCGCGGGAUUCAGAGAAUUCCACCUUAUGAGAGAGGGACGUCGAAACAAUUUCUCAGUGUUGCUGGUCUUUGGCUGAGUGCUGCUGGCGGUCUUUCGUCUAUGUCAUCGUUCUUCUUAGGGCCCUUGCUCUUCGAACUGACUUUCAAACAAUCCCUGAUGUCCGGUUUGAUUUCUAUGGCGAUUGGGUGCGGUGUCGCUGCAUACUGCUCCAUCAUGGGCCCUCAAUCUGGCUGUAGGCAAAUGGUGACAGCGAGAUAUCUAUUCGGAUGGUGGUUCGUUAAAUUUGUAGCCCUUGUCGCCAUUAUUGGUGUGAUGGGGUGGAGUAUCGUCAACUGUGUGGUUGGUGGUGAAAUGCUGGCUGCUGUAUCAAACAGCAAAAUUCCCCUGUGGGUUGGUAUAGUAAUUGUCACCGCGGUAUCGUUCCUGGUGGCUAUAUUCGGUAUCAAGCAAGUACUCAGGGUUGAAACCUACUUAUCUCUCCCCGUAUUGACCUGCUUUUUACUACUAUACAUCUCUUCUAGCGACAAGUUUAGCAUGCUAAACACGUUUACGAAUGACGACGUGGAGCCUUUAACAAUAAGGGGAAAUUGGCUCUCCUUUUUCUCGCUUUGUUAUAGUAUCACUUCAACUUGGGGGUCGAUUACUGCUGAUUACUAUAUUCUUUUCCCAGAAGAUACCCCCAAGUACCAAGUUUUCUUUCUGACCUUCUUCGGCACGCUGCUACCAACGACUUUCGUUGGCGUUCUCGGUGUAAUUUUGGCUGCGAUCGCGGUAUCUUACCAACCAUGGAACGACGCAUACAACGAAUACGGAAUGGGUGGUCUUCUAUAUGCUGGUUUUGAGCGUUGGAAUGGAUUUGGAAAAUUCUGUGUCGUUGUAUUGAUUUUCAGUUUAAUUUCGAACAAUAUCAUCAACACAUACUCCGCCGCUUUCUCAAUUCAAUUGUCAAGUGUACACAUGGCACGCAUUCCUCGUUGGAUCUGGGCAAUUGCAUGCACCAUAUUCACUCUAGUUUGUGCUCUUGUUGGUAGAAACCAUUUCAGCACAAUAUUAGGUAACUUCUUACCUAUGGUGGGUUACUGGAUCAGCAUUUAUUUUAUCAUUCUGUUAGAGGAGAACUCCAUUUUCAGGAGAUACUUUCUUCAUCUCUACACUUUGGAAUUCCCAAGAUCAAAAACAGAAGAGGGUCAUUCACGUCCCACUGUGCGCGAUAUCAAGCAUAAAAUUUCCAGAGCAAAUCAUAGGUACAACUGGGAUAUGUGGGAAAACUACGAUGUACUAACGCAUGGCUACGCCGCGACUUUCUCAUUCUUAGUUGGAGUAGUUGGUGUGGUACUAGGAAUGGCACAGGCUUACUGGAUUGGGCCAAUCGCACGCCAAAUUGGGGACUUUGGAGGGGAUCUAGGAAUGUGGUUAAGUAUGAGUUUCUCAGGAUUGGUUUACCCUCCUCUCAGGUACUGGGAACUACGUAAGUUUGGCCGCUAG